AUGUCCUGCCAGCAGAACCAGCAGCAGUGCCAGCCCCCUCCCAAGUGUCCCACGCCCAAGUGCCCCCCCAAGUGCCCCCCCAAGUGCCCCCCAGUCUCUUCCUGCUGCGGCUCCAGCUCUGGGGGCGGCGGCUGCUGCAGCUCUGGGGGCGGAGGCUGCUGCAGCUCUGGGGGCGGCGGCUGCUGCCUGAGCCACCACAGGCGACGCAGUUCCCACCGUCACAGACACCAGAGCCCUGGCUGCUGCAGCCAGCCCUCGGGGGGCUCCAGCUGCUGUGGAGGGGGCAGCGGUCAGUCGUCUGGAGGCUGCUGCUGAAGUGGACCCUGAGCCAAGGAGCGCAGGCUUGGGGACAGCGAGUGGCCAAAGCCCUCCUCCUGUUCCUGCUCCCCCUGCUGGGCCUGCCCAAGGGGCUGAGUUGUCUCAGUGAAGGUUCUGAGCUCUGGGCUGGUGGGUCCCUCUGCCCUGGGAUUCAGAAGGCUGAAU